AUGUGGUUUUAUUCUUCUUUAAAAGCAACAUAUUGUAGGUUCUGUGAGUUUUUCUAUUUGUAUUGUAUUAUUAAGGGAAUAAAUUUGAUUGAAGCCUCAUUGCAAGCAUUUCCUUCAUUAGUUGUUAUUACUUCAAUAUAAAACUGAUAUUCAUUCAUACUAUAUAACAUUCCUAAGAGAAUUCGAAGACAUGAACAAGGAUCUGGAUCUAUCAGCUAUGAUUACAAAAGAUGAUGUCGACAGGAGGAGAAGAUAAAUUAAUAUUCUGCAGAUUAGCUAAUUUGAAUGAUCUUGUUUUGUGAUUGAUCGGUGUAAUUUUGUAGAUAUCUAAUUAAGAGGGAAUUCUCA